CGGAUCUAAAGUUUCAGGGAGCUAAACUCUUACUAGCUGGCCGCUCGUCAUUGAAGUGACGCAUGACCUUUGCCAUUGACGCAACGGCAAUGCGUAACCAUUACUUCAGCCUUUUCACCGCUGUGAAGAUUUAGGUCUAGUUACCCAAGGGCUCAAAAUUAAUAUAAACUCUGUGAGUUUGGACGAUCGUGUUGGUAAAUCAGGCCGCAAAGGAUAUUCAACCUUUUGCCAAGUCGUUCAUCUAUGCCGAACAGAGAUUUCUAGCUUGCAUACUAUACAGAAAAUUGAGUUCUCGCCGGCGAAGUCAGAGUUGAUGAGGAGUAUGCGAAAAAGACAGCCAAUGGCGUGACAGGUUCCCUGUCUAAUCAGUUUGCCUGCGCUCAACCAUAUCAUCAUGUUAAAUCAUCAAAUCUUCUCAACUCAUAGAUACCAGUCCUGUUCGCGAGAUCUUUGCAAUGGACUACGGAGAUAAUAGCAAAAUUGAUGGCGCAGCUAAGAUCUUAGCAUACGAGUUCCAAGAUCCGAGCUGGUUAUGGGAGGCACUACAAGCUGCAGGGUCCUCCGUGAGUUGGGUCAACAAGCGCAAAAUCGAAGAAGGCAAUAAACGUUUGGCAGGACUUGGCGAUCGGAUAAUCAGCAUGUCAAUCACGGACAAUGCCGUUGAAGAUAACUUGAGUAUUGGAGAAAACAAUGCUCUGCUUCAAGCACGUGCCAGCAACUCGUACCUCGCGAGCACUUGCGACAACAUUGGACUAACUUGCUGCAUCAACGGCAAUCCAUCGCAACAGGGCGCGGUCUCUGCUCGCACUAAGGCGACCACUGUCGAGGCCACUAUUGGCGCUGUAUACAAGGACGGGGGCUUGAGUUCGGCCGAGGCCGUCAUGAGACACCUUGGGAUGCCGGUGCGGAUGGAAAAUUUGGACCAGUAAUUAUCUUGAGAGCGCGUUAUAGCACAGCUCACAGACCGCAUCAAGGUCCAUCAACGUGGAGGUGAUGGGCCGGCAAACGCCCAUUCAAAGUAUCUUAUAUUGCGUUUAUCUGACGGAAUCUACAUGAAUAAGCAGCC